GAAAUGUAUACAAUAAAAGAGAAACAGAUUUGUGGUUAUAAAAUGGAUUUUAGUCUCUAUCCAUACAGUGUGUGUAUGUUGUUGGACAGAAUGUACCAGCAACGUCAGUCCAGGAGGAAAGCACAUUGCAAGCAUUGAGGGAACUAAAUCAGUUAUCUGUGUUUUUUAAACAUUAAGACACCCCCAUGGGCAGAGUUAAGAUCAAGGUUUGUGCGUCAGAUGCCAUCAAAGGGCUGAAGGAGUUGGCUAGGUUCAAUCUCUGCCACAUGUGUCAGAAAGGGCUGUUUGCUAAGGCUAGUCUUCAAGUCUGGCUCUUGCAUUCUCACACUCUGUCUCUCCCUCUCUCCUGUCUAACCCUCUUGGAUGACUGCUAAAGCCACUUUGGAGCACCCUACCCUACAAACACACACCAAAGAGGAAAAUGACUGAUGCAUAUAUCCACCUGUAUUUCACUGGCAUUGUGUUGUGGAUAGUACAGAACUCCAGCUCCAUCGUCUUGCCAAACGCUACCGGCCUGCAGCGUCCAUCCAGCGGUGCUGAAACAAACCUCGAAUUCAGAGACUUCCUCAGCCUCGGCGUUCCUCGCAACAGACGAAAACGCUACAUCUCCUCCCGAGACAUGGGCACGCUUUUGGACUACCACAACCGGGUGCGGUCACAGGUACUCCCCCCAGCGGCCAACAUGGAAUACAUGACCUGGGAUGAAAGACUGGCAAAGUCUGCCGAAGCCUGGGCAGCACAGUGUGUGUGGGACCACGGCCCCCCUCAACUCAUGAGAUACAUGGGCCAGAAUCUGUCCAUUCAUUCUGGGAGAUAUCGCUCAAUCAUUGAGCUCGUCAGGUCAUGGCAUGACGAAAAGCAAUAUUACUCCUUUCCCAAUAAGUGCAGUGGCUCUGUAUGUACCCAUUAUACCCAGAUGGUGUGGGCCAACACCAAUAGAAUGGGGUGUGCGGUUAACACCUGCUCCAACAUGAAUGUGUGGGGAAACAGUUGGCGCCGUGCUGUGUUUCUGGUAUGCAACUACUCCAUUAAGGGUAACUGGGUCGGGGAAGCGCCCUACAAGAUGGGAAGGCCCUGUUCUGCCUGCCCUCCAAGUUACGGAGGCUCCUGCAGCAACAAUUUAUGCUCUUCAGGUUUAAAAUCCAAUAAAGUUAACUGAUUUUAGGCUUUUUGUACUGUAACAUCUCACAUAUAAAGCCACAAGAUGGAAGAGGUGCUCAGUUUUGAUAUUGUGUGUUUUUAGUUUUUUUAAAAGAAAACAUUUUGAAACUAUUAUCAACUUUUCCUUCCUGUAUAAUAAGGGCGCCUAUUCUAUUAACUUAUACAAUUUAAAUAUGGCAGCAAUUGACCCACUUUUAUUAUGAAAUACAAUACAAUAUAGUGAAACCGUGUUAGAACAAGUUCGUAGUACAUUGUUUAGGUCAUUAAGAUAGAUCUCAUAAAGGUACAGUAUUGUCUAAAAGGAAUCUCUUGUAAGGCAUCCAAGUGUACAAAGAAAUACCACUUCAAGAAAUGUCACUGUUUCUGGAGUUCAGUUAAGGCUAAAGCUGGUUUUCCAGUCCAACAGCAAGCACCAUCUAGUGGACACAAUCAGAAGAUACUAAUGCAGGUAUGCUAACAAAAUAAAAGAUUGCGUUGUUGAUCAAAAUACACCUGCUGAAACAUACAUUUAGGGAUUUAUAAAUUUGUUAUACAAAACAAUCAUCCCUAUUUAUAAUUUCAACUUAUUUUCCAUUGCUUUCUAAUAACAGGCUGUAUAUUUUUCAGUGUUUUUAAAUUCUCAAUUUUACUUUUUACGUAAGUUUUGAUUUAAAAAAAAAAAAAAAAAA